AUGAUUGCAAGAGUUUGUUUGAAAAGACCAAAUGCUUUACCCAUUUUUCUGAUUUCAUCGAGAAAGUAUUCCAUUGAUUAUGAAAAAGUCAAUAACUCGGUAUAUAACAAUGUCAUCAUACCCAAAAGAAUAGUCUUGGCAAUUACUGGUGCCACGGGAACCCAAAUAGGAGUGAGAUUAUUAGAAAUAUUGAAAGAACUAGGAGUGGAAACCCAUUUGGUGAUGUCUAAAUGGGGGAUUGCCACUUUGAAAUAUGAAACUGAUUAUCAAGUUGAUUAUGUCACGUCCUUAGCUACAAAAACAUAUUCUGCAAGGGAUGUAACAGCACCAAUAUCUUCAGGGUCAUUUGUUCACGACGGAAUGAUUGUUGCUCCUUGUUCAAUGAAAUCACUUUCAGCUAUUAGAACUGGUUUCACUGAAGAUUUGAUAGUCAGAGCAGCUGAUGUUUCCUUAAAGGAAAGACGUAAAUUGUUAUUGGUUGCUCGAGAAACUCCUCUUUCCGAUAUUCAUUUGGAUAAUAUGCUUUAUUUACUGCGAAUGGGGGUGAUAAUAUUCCCGCCAGUACCAGCAUUUUAUACAAAACCAAAAACUGUUGAUGAUAUUAUUGAGCAAACAUGUGGAAGAAUAUUAGAUAAUUUCGGAAUUAACAUAGACACGUUUGAGAGAUGGGAUGGAAUCAAUCAUAAAUAG